AACCACUACUGAUAAGCCGGCGCUUUCUAAAGAUAAAAAUCCAAGAAUAAUCAAACAAAUAAACUCGUAUAUAAUUCGAAUACGGUUUUCAUUCAUUAUCAAAUGUUAAAAAGCCGGUCGUCCGUAUACAGUGUUUGAUAAAAAUGAGUUUCGAAAAUGUUAAUUCGAACAGGCGCAACUCGAAUGUGUCAAAUUACGAGAGGAAUUGCGGCGAGGUUUUCUUGAAAACUCCCGCGAUCACCAGGGAAUUUUUGGCGAAGAUUAAUCAGGAUGUGGUGCCGCAGAAGACGGAUCUGUUCGGUUAUCAGAUGAACACUAGGAGGUUCAUAGUUUUGACUGGACUCAUCUUACUUUUCACGUUGAGCACUAUAGGCACACUCGUGAUGUGGUUCACAGAUACUUACCAAAACCAAAUUCAAUCGAUGAUGAUCCUAUCGGAAGACUCUCAGGGAUUUAAUCUAUGGAAGAGCUCACCUAUCGAAGUAAAACUAAAAAUUUACAUUUUUAAUUAUACCAAUGUGGAGGACUUUGAACGGGGCAAAGCAGAGAAAUUACACGUAGAAGAAGUAGGCCCUUACGUUUACUAUGAAAAAACUGAAAAAGUCAAUAUCAGAUUCAGCAAAGUUCUUGGUACAGUCUCAUACCAGGAAAAACGCACCUACAGAUUUAGUCCGGAACUAUCGAAUGGUACCCAGAACGACACCUUGGUGGUACCAAACUUGUCGAUGUUAGCGGGAGCUUCUAGGCUGCAAAAUCGAAAUUAUCUGCUAAGAUUGUCGUUUAAUGCGGCACUUAAUGCUAUGGAUGCCAAAGCAUUUAGGAGUGUGCGGGCGCAUGAGCUGGUUACUGGCUACGAAGAUCCGCUUUAUGAGGCUUCCAAGUUAAUAUUAAAGUGGGAAAAUAAGAAAGUUUUUUCGGAAAUAGGAGUUCUUGCCCUUAAACAAGGCGUCCAACCUGACGUAUUCACCAUCCACACCGGCGCAUUUGAUUUUUCGAAAAUAAGCCAAAUUCAGAAAUAUAACGGACGUAGCGAGUUCGAUUUCUGGGGCAGCGAUUCCUGCAAUAACAUUCAGGCUUCUGAUGGUAUUAUAUACCCGAAAGAUCUCGUCAGGACGAAAAAGGACAUCGAAUUCUUCAUGCCACAGAUGUGCCGGAAGAUGCCUUUGAAAUACGUUGAGGAAACUCGGAUAUUGGACAAUAAGAUUCCUGCUUAUAGAUAUAGGCUUUCUCCUAAUAUCUUUAACAGCUCAGCACCAGAGAACAAAUGCUACUGCGAUAAAACCACUGGGCAGUGCCCACCUAAAGGGUUGUUUAAUGCGUCUCAAUGCACAUUUGGUGUCCCGAUCUUCUUUUCCUGGCCCCACUUACAUGGCGCUGAUCCUGAGAUCAAGAAUGGUGUGACAGGACUAAGAUCAAACUUCAACAUCAACGACACAUUUGCAGAUAUUCAUCCCAAAUGGGGAAACCUGAUGCGUGGAAGGGUUAUGCUACAGAUCAAUGUGCAGGUCCAUAAGAGUUUUGGGGUAUCAGCAUUGGACAAGUAUGAGAACAAUCAAGUGUUACCAUGGGUGUGGUUUGAUUUUGGUGUAGAAGACAAAGAACUUACCCCAGAUUUGGUGCAGCUGAUUUACAUGUUGACGUUUACCAUCAGAAAUAUUGAACUGGGGUUGAAGUAUGGAUGUCUGCUAGCUACCACUGUGACUUUGACCUGUAUUUUACUAGUAUUAAAGAGACAGAGGGCAGAAAGGUGUAGGGUGGAUAGUGUAAGGCAGCCGAUGAGCCUGAAAAUUGAGGAUCUAAAGAGACUUGACGGGGAUAUUUAUGCUCUUAUGUUAGAAAAGGAUGACACGGCAGAGACAGACUUACUAGCAGAAAUGGAGGGUGCAGAUGGAUAUGUUAAAAGGUAUACAGAUCUGAGUCUUCAAUGUGAGGAAUGUUUACAGCCUAGGGUAAAGGCAGAUCCAGAUGAAGAGGUAAAUUCGGAGCGUAGUGUUAGCCACAGCAUCAGACAAGGUAGGCGUAAAUUUAAGUUACCUAUUCUCGAGUUGAAAAAAUUUGAUGGAAAUAUCAAAGACUGGUUGCCUUUUUGGUCUCAGUUUCAAAAGGUUCACAAUGAUUUGGAAAUAGACGACAACGACAAGGUCGAAUAUUUAAUUCAGGCGACGGUUCAAGGCAGUUGGGCAAGGCAACUAGUCGAAAGUUUUCCCGCUACCGGAAGUAACUAUAGUAAAAUGGUGGAGUGUCUUCAAGCGCGGUUCGGUCGGGAAGACCUUCAGGUAGAAGUUUAUGUGCGCGAGUUACUUAAAUUAGUUAUACACAAUACCUCGUCUGGCAAUAGAUUAGACAUAACUCGUUUGUAUGAUAAACUGGAAACUCAGCUACGGGCCUUAGAAACCCUCGGUAUUACGUCCGAUAAAUACGCGGCGAUGCUAUUUCCGUUGGUCGAGUCUUGCUUACCGCCAGAGCUGUUAAGAAUUUGGCAACGGACACCGGAUAUCGGAGACACUGAUAGGCGGGUUAAUUGGCCGUUAGGGCGGGUUAUUGAGCUGCUACCUGGCAAAGAUGGUGAGGUUCGAGUGGUGCGGGUCAGUACCGAAAGGGGCCAACUUUUGAGACCUGUACGUCUCUACCCCUUGGAAUGUGCAGAAGAGGGCUUAAUGGAUAGCAAGGCAUUGACUAGCCCUAAAUCGAGGUUGGCCGAGACAAAUGUACCCUGUGAGGACUCAAGUGAAUCUGCGGGCGAUAUCGAGACCGCGAAUCCGGGAGUGUCCAAAAGCAGAGUACCCGAACCGAACGCAGAUAAUACGGCAUAUGUUUCGCGGAGCGGUCGUACGGUUCGCGUACCGUUUCAAGAGGAAAAAAAUAAAUACACAAUCAAGAUGGUAAUUAAAAAGGGCAUAGUGUCCUCCUCACUGAUGAUCCCCUCGAGGCAAUCGGGGGUCACUUUGGAGAAAUCCGAAGAGAUCCUGAAGACGUUGAGGAGGAUGUCCGAAACGUUGGGCAUACGCAAAGUUAAGGAGUUUCGAACGAACAAGAGACAGCAAAAAAGAGCAGUUUCAAAAUGUCGAACAAUUGCUUUAUUAUCAAUAAUCUUGGUUACUUUGGCAUAUGGGAUAUUCACUCUGAUAUAUUCGCCAGUACAGAUGUUGCUGAAUAUUCGACUACAAAUGACGCCGGGUUUGCCUCCAUUUGAUUGGUGGGUAAAACCUCCAGAUGAGGUUCUGCUUAAAGCUUACGUCUUUAAUGUGACAAACCCAGACGAUUUUAUGAAGGGGAAAGAUAAGAAAUUGCAUUUGCAAGAAAUUGGGCCCAUCGUAUUUAGAGAAAAACUCACUCACACCAACACCAAACAUAACCCCAAUGGCACAUUGAGCUUCACUGCGAAUAGAACGGCCAUCUUCCUUCCAGAAAGGAACACCAUUAAUUUGGAUGACACCAUUACGGCCAUUAACUUGGGUGUACUGCUUAUCCCCGCUUACUUUCACGACGCAUCAAUGUUUAUCAAACUCGGAGUAAACGUGUUGCUUCGAUCCUACAACGUUCAACCCUUGAAACAAAUGACCAUCAGGGAAUUUCUCUGGAACUCUACUGAUCCGGUGCUGGUUCCAGCGAAGAAAUUGGCACCUAACCUGGUACCGACUCAGAACGUUGGACUAUUACAUGUGAUUUAUAAAGAUUUUGAAAAUAACGUAACAGUCUACAUAGGAAAAGAGAAUGGAAACUCGAAAUUUUUUACAAUUAACACUUACGAUGGAUCAGAGUAUCUUCCUCACUUUUCCAGUUCAAGAUGUCAGCUAAAGUUCCGAAACUCCUCUGAGGGGGUUGGAUAUCCUCAAAUGAUUACUAAAGAAACUAAUUUGACUUACUGGAGACGCACGCUGUGUAAAUUGGCUGAUAUUAGAUAUCAAAGAGAUGAUCGUAAAUAUGGCAUCAAUGCCUACAGGUUCCAGUUUGUACCAUGGGCUUUCAAUAGGACAGAAUGGGAAGGGAAUAAGGACUGUUUUGCUGGGAAACCUGCUCUUCCCGAUGGAAUAUCUGACGUAUCAGCUUGUUACUGGAAUUUUCCUAUUGCGGCAAGUUUUCCGCACUACCUAUAUGCGGAUCCAAGGGUCGGCAGUUCAGUGAAAGGUCUGAACCCAAACGAAGCCGACCACGCAUCUCAUGUGCUUAUUGAACCAAUAACUGGCAUUCCAUUGGGAGGCAAAGCAAGAUCCCAAAUCAAUUUGGUUCUUAAAUCAAUGAGAGGGUUUCCAAGAAAUAUCCAGGCCUUUACUGACACUAUUAUACCGCUGGCUUGGCUGGAAUAUCAUCAAGAAGGAAUUCCCUGGUACCUACAAUGGUUGGUAUAUUUCACUGCUGUAUUACUACCAACAUUAGAAACACCCCUUUCAAUAAUUUCCCUGCUGAUAAGUGGGGUGUGUCUCUACUAUGCCUUUGUGCACAUAUCGAGAUCCCACCUGGGGUCACAAGAGAACCUGAUAAGAAACAAACGAUCGCUCAGAAGCCAACGGCAGAUUUUGAUGGAAUUGAACGAGUGUCAUGUGGACGAUACCGAUGAGGUGUAAAGGCGCCAUUGCAUUUUAAUUCCAAAGGAGGAACUACCGUAAAAAGUGCUGUGAUGAUUUUAUAAUAAGGGAUGAAUGACUGAUAUUAUUUAUUUUUUUGUUUUUUUACUUUGGAGUUGCCAUAUGUAGGAAUCAGCCAGGGUAGAGAGAGUAAGAUAUUGUGAUAGGUGGUUUAUGUCGCGGUUUAUAGGUUAUAUAUAAUUUUAGUUAAGUUAGUCACAAAGUAUUCAUUGCUCACUAUAUAGCUUAAUGUUAGUUAAUUAUAUGGCACUUCUGUGAGAUUGUCUAGUAAAUGUGUUUUGUAGUAUAAAUUAAAGUCAGUUGGAUUAGGAAAA